UAACUCCCUGCGCAGGGGAGAAGGGUCGGCCAAGAUGGCGGCCGCCACCGCUGCUAGGGCUGCGGUGGGCAGAGGCUGGGGCUGCUGAAGGCGCCGCCGGUCGAGAGGCAACACCGAAAAGCGGCGCCAGGCGGAAACCGGCCGCCACGAUGCCCAAGUACUACGAGGAGAAAGAGAAGGAUUUCCGCGCGUGCGCAGGGGUGCGCGAGGACCUGAGGGAUUGCCUGUUGGAGAGCGACUGUGUGAUCCAGGAAGGGAAAAGUCCCAAAGUAUGCUUGAAGGAAGGCCAUUGCAAAGGAUUACUAGUUUCAUUUUUUGAAUGCAAAAGAUCAUUGCUGGAUAACAGAGCAAGAUUCAGAGGAAGAAAGGGAUACUGAGAGGAAGAAAGGGAUACUGAAGCCUCUCCAUUACGAAGCAGGAAGCAAGGGCAAUCUUGGAUGCACUGACACCUUGAGAUUAAAGACUGGAGUAAAGAAAUUACCUUCUGCAUUUCUCUAAACUCUGUUUUACUUCUAUGGAACUUCUGAGUACUGAAUGCCUGAAGCUGCUAAAUGCUAGAACUACUACAGUGAAAAUAAAGUCUGGACAUUUGUGGUGAUCACAUUUUAAAUAAAAUAUAUUGCAUCUUCAUAAGCACUUUAGAGUCCUUCCCCUGAAAUGCUUCAUUUUGGAAUUACUUCCUCUUGGGGUUCAAUACGUUUUGUUUCCCAAGUUAUAAAGUAUUCUUGUACUAGUAUUUCUUAUUAGUAUUCUGCAGUGAUACAGAAGUUGUCAGCCAGCUUGUUCACAUAAGGGAUAGGUAUUCUGAUCUAGGAAGGGAUAUCUAGUUGUGGAACCAGUGUGAUAACCAUGCUGCAAUGCAUUAUUACAAGGGGCUGCCUCUGAAAACAGUUUGGAAACUUCAAUUGGUGCAGAAUUCAGCAGCCAGGUUGCUCAGUGGGACAAGAUGGUUUGAGCAUAUAAUACAAAUCCUGGCACAAAUAAUUAGUUUCUGGGCCCAAAGCAAAGUGCUGGUUUUGAUCUAUAAAGCCUUAAACAACUCAGGACCUCAGUAUCUCAAGGACUGCCUCUCCCUAUAUAAACCUACCAGACCGUGCAAUCCUCAUCUGAGGCCCUUCAUGUCUCGCUUCCAUGAGAGGUCUGAAGGGUAGCAACAUGAGAACAGGCCUUUUCUGCAGUGCCUCCCCAUUUGUUGAAUGAUUUCCCCAGGGUGGCGAAAAUACUCCUCUUCACCAAGGCCUUUGACUGUUUAAACAGACUAUGGGCUUUUAAAUGUGUUUGGGGGUGGUUAUUGGGGUUUUAAUUUUUGUUAUUAUGUUUUGUGUUUUUAUACUGUGAUCUUUGGAUGAAGGUUGGUGUAUAAAUUUAAUAAAUAAUAAUUAUGCUCAACCAAGCCAAGUCCUGUGGAACUAGCUGUAUCUUUGCAGAUGGGGAUGUGUAUUUGCAUGCAGACUCCUAGAAAUAAUAUCACCAAAGAAACUGCCAAGAUUUGGAUGUGGACUGUUAUGACUGUAUGUAGUCUAAUUUGAUUUCUGCCUCACAGAGCAUAGAAGUAACUGCAAGCCUGCACAUUCCAAAUAUCAUCUGGUAUUAUUCCAUUGGCAAUAGCUUCAGAACUAGGACAUUUUGAUGUUGCUUUUUAAAUUUUCCCUUUUCAGUCAAGCAUGCUUCCAUUAUGUAUUGGAAUUGAAGAUCACAAUUCUUUUACUAUCUGUCUUGAACACA